AUGUCUACUCCCUCUCUCUUCACCGUCCGCGGCGCGUCCGAAACCGGCGUAGUCGUGGUCGUCGACGGCGUCCACGCGGAGACCCUGGCUUUGGCGGAGGUCUUGGGCGUGGAAGCCGUCGUGCACACGCCCGUCGGCUCGCGCAACGAACGCACGAACGCCAACGUACGCUUCGCUCUCUACACCGUCUUCGCGCAGUUCCCGGAUGUGGAUAAGGCGAUUCUUCUCGAAGAUGAUUUGCUGUUGGCGCCUGAUGUGUUGAGCUUCUUCCACCAGACGUCCUCCUGGCUCCUGGACCGCGACCCGAGCGUCUACUGCGUCAACGCCUUCAACAGCAACAGCCUUCCCGGCGUGGCCUCUGAUCCGACGAAGGUCCUUCGCUCGGAGGCCUUCCCCAUGUACGGCUGGAUGGUCCGGAGGGCGUACGCGCUGCAGGCCGUGCUGGGAUGGAUUCCUUACGGGGUGGGCGACUGGGACUUCUGGCUCAUGCGGGCGGACUCCCAGCGCGGGCGUGACCUGGUUUCGCCCGAGGUCAGCCGCACCCUCCACGCGGGGUCAUCCGGGACCCACGUCGACGGGUUUGAGCACCGUGUGUACUACGGCCGGAUGAAGAUGACGGAUGACCCGGAUGUCAAGGUGGAGAAUCUGACGAGCAUCCUCUUGGACAACUACAUGCGGAAUCUAACGGACGAAAUUAAGUCCGCUGAAAUGUUGUCGCCAAAUCCUUUAGAAGAAGUUCUUGUACCCGAAGGACAUCCGGGACCUUUUGUGGUGUUCGUGAGGUCCGGCACAAGGAAUGAUGAGUUUUACAGCUUCAGGGUAUUCAUGAUGAGCCUCCACACCUACUACGGGGACAUGCGAGAGGUGUUCCGAGGUGUCAUGAGGUUCAGGGUUCAAGGAGGUCGUCUGCUGUACGUCGUGGGCUGCCCUCUCUCUCAGGAAUUCUGUAAAUACAAUUCCAAGGGCUACGUGACUCUCACGCCUUCGAAACAGCUGAUUCGCGAAGUCCUGCUGAAAGUCGACCGCUUCGAAGCCAGUCUUUUCGAACCCCGCGUCCGACACAGGGUUCACGCGAGCGACCCGGCCAAGGAGGCAGAGCUGCUGGACCUCGUGUGAACGGAGGGUCUCUGCUCAGGCUGAGGGGCAUUUGUAGUGCCAUUACAUGGGUGCGUACAUGGGUGCGUAU